AUGGACAUGGAAGCUACUAUAAUUGAAAGAAAAAUGCAGAUACAAGAGUUAGAAGAAAUCAGACUUGAGGCAUAUGAGAAUUCAAGGAUGUAUAAGGAAAAGACAAAGCUCAUUCAUGAUAAAGGCAUCUUUAGGAAACAUUUUAAGGAGGGUGAUCGUGUUUUCUUAUUCAAGGCCAGAUUCAAGUUUAAACAAGGGAAGCUCAGUAUAAGAUGGGAUGGUCCAUAUACAGUUACCAAAGUGCAUGAUUUUGGCAUGUUGGAACUUCUGGCUGAGCAAAAUGGUUGCACAUUGAAGGUCAAUAGACAUUUGCUUAAGCUCUAUCAUGAAAACUCCCAGCCACCUUGA